CAGAAAUCCUAAAGGCAGCGGUAUUGGUACUGGUGGCCGGUUUGGGGACAGGUCGUAGAAUGAAAUGGCGUGUGCUUGGGCAUCAUCCGUGAAGUUAAGCUACUGUAGGACACAGCUGAAUUUCAGAGGUCACAGAAUUCAAUUACAAUGGGGAACGUUUUUGAAAAACUGUUUAAAAGUCUGUUUGGGAAAAAAGAGAUGCGGAUUCUUAUGGUGGGUUUGGAUGCCGCUGGAAAAACCACCAUCUUGUAUAAAUUGAAGCUGGGAGAGAUUGUGACUACCAUCCCUACAAUAGGUUUCAAUGUGGAGACGGUAGAAUAUAAAAACAUCAGCUUCACAGUCUGGGAUGUCGGCGGCCAGGACAAAAUCAGACCUUUGUGGCGACAUUAUUUCCAGAACACACAAGGUCUGAUUUUCGUGGUUGACAGUAAUGACAGAGAGCGGGUCAAUGAAGCCCGAGAAGAACUAACUAGAAUGUUAGCCGAAGAUGAGCUCAGAGAUGCCGUUUUAUUGGUGUUUGUGAAUAAACAGGAUCUUCCCAAUGCUAUGAACGCAGCAGAGAUAACAGACAAGCUUGGCUUACAUUCCCUCCGCCAGAGAAACUGGUACAUUCAGGCUACUUGUGCCACCAGUGGAGACGGGCUUUAUGAAGGCCUGGACUGGCUCUCCAACCAGCUCAAAAACCAGAAGUGACGAGAAGCGCUGUGUUCCCUGUGCAUCGUGGCAAAGUCAGCUGGCCUCUUCUGUGUGCACGUGUGCGUGUGAGGAGCCGAGUGUGGGUGUGUGGCUGGCUGUGGGAGCAGCUUUCUCACAUGGUGCCUUAUACACGCUCUAAGGAAACCAGUCUUACAUGUUACGAACAACCAGUGUUACAUUGCAUUUGCUACCUCCCAUUUCAAUAGCUUUGAUGACCAGUUUUGCAGUCAAUGCAGGAGUCCCGAGGGCUCACCGGUGCCCAAUAGCCAGAGUGGUCUUCGUGGUGGGAAGGAGGGGGAGGGUGGGCCGUGGACUGACUUCAUUUGUGUGGUCCUGGUCCAGGUCUUGGGCGGGGGUGGGGUCUCUGCACACCUGGGGGUCCUGUUAGAUUUUGGCAUCCUUUUGUAAAAAGGAAGGAACUGUCAUUCUUUCCCAUCACUGCCAGAGCUAGCAGCUCACUUUUCAGUGCUUUAAAGCAAAUGAUCCUCAAAGAUAAAAGGCUCAUGCUUGCUGCAGAUGUGACGUUCAGAUCUGAACUCAAGUUAUAUUCCAGCACAGAUGUCCUGGUUUAAUGUACUUCAUUGAGAGGAAUCAGUGAUCUUUUUUCAUUAGGAAAAAACCCCGUAACACUAGACCCUGUAACACUGGAAAGUCACCUAGUCCUUCCCUUCCUUGCCUCUUGUUUGCCAAAUGGAGGCCCUUUGGGGUAGGAACCCAGUGCGGCCAAGGCUCUUUACUGGGGACACACCACCCCACGCCGGGCCAGGCCAAGGAGGGGAGAUGCUGUUGUGUUUGUGUCCCCGUAUCACCCUCUUCUGAGGCUGCUGCUCCCUCUGCUCUGCUCUGCGCUGAAUGUUCUCUGCUCCAAGGAGGAGCUUCGCCCCCAGGAGGGAGUCAUCACCUUGUACAGUAUCUUAGUCCAACUUGCGGUUUGGGUUAGCUGCUGCUCCCAGAGCCACACACCCGUGAGUUCUGAGAGUUUGUGAGAGAAUCAAGAGGUUAAUUCAGGGGACGAGCCUCCCUGCAGCCGAGUUGGUUGGUGCUAAAUUGUGCUACGAAGAAGGUCUCGUCCAGACCACUCUCCGUGGCACUGACUCCCUCUUCUGGUUGGCAGUAAUGUCUUAUGUGGAAACGUGCUUUAUGUUGUCCUCAAAAUAGUAGUAACAGUGGCCUGGAAGUGAGCUGGGUUAAUGCAAUAGUCUAGAGCUCUUUUGCCCAGACAGCUGUUGGCCAAAUUUGUACCUAAGCUCUUCCACUACACCUUUUGAAAUUCCUUUUUCAAAAAAAAAAAAUCUUAAUUUCAGAUUGCAAAGGAGGAGAAUGUAAGAUGAAUGCUAACAAAAGUAAAUCUUGUUUAUUGAUAGCAAUGAAGUUGCUGUUACUAGGAAGAAAUUUCAUGCCAUGAUAAAUGUGGGAUGUAACGUUUUUCUUGAAAACAUUGACUUUAAAGAAUGUUCCUUGCAAUAUUGGCAAUGAAGUACAGAUUUGAUUUCUAACCAUGGAAUUAAGUCCUGAGAAAUAUUUAGAUUGUAUGCCUCAAAUUGGCAGGGACUGUGUCUUACACUUCUGUGUUUAUGCUUCGUACUGUGUGCCUGGUACAGUGCUGGGCCUCAUUGAACACUUGUCGAUGGGUUGGAUAAUAAAGAACUUGCUCUGGAAGGAGGAGAGGACAGCCAUGUGCUUCUGGAUAUCUUGAGCUACUUUUUUUGUUUUGUUUUUUGACCAUGUGUCCACACAGUCUGUUUCCUGACCAGGGAUCGAACCUGCGCCCCCUGUAGUGGAAGCAUGGAGUCUUAACCACUGGACCACCAGGGAAGCCCUUGAGCUAUUUUAAAAUCCCUUUCCCUCUCCAUCUUAGCAGACUUGCUGUAGAAAACUCCCAGAGCACUUGUACAGAAGGCAGAACCCGCAGAGGUGCUGUCCUAGCCCUUCUGCCUUCAGCAGUGCUCCUCGUUCUUUCCUUAUGUGACACUUUCAGCUACUGUCUUUCUAUGAAUUUGGAGCUGGUCAUUUUGGAGUUAGUGGAGGCCACUUCAGUGUAGUGGCUUUGAGAAAAAAUUUGGGUCCCUGAAAGCAAUGUUCACAUCCCAGCUGUGUCCUCGCUAGCUGCCCAGCCUCAGGCCUAUUACUCUUUUGACACCCUAUCUCUGAGCCUCAGUUUGCUUAACUGUUAAAUGGGGAUAAUACCUACCUCAUAGGGUUGUGAGGAUUAAAUGUCUCAGACCAUGUGCCUUGCCUGUUGCUUCCCUGGGGGUAUCUUGAUGUCCAAGUGUGAACAGCAGUGCUGGCCACAAACUGAUCAGUAUUAUUUAUAGGAGAAGUGAAGAGGAGUAGGGUGGGAGGCUGUGUUUAAUCUCUCCCACUAGUCGCCUUCUAAUCCUGCUGAAUCCUCUGUCCUUUUCUAACCGUGGGAAGUGCUAAUAAGACCUGUUGGGAUACUUGUUUAAAAAACCAUAUUGGACUUCCCUGGUGGUGCAAUGGUUAAGAAUCCGUCUGCCAAUGCAGGGAAUGUGGGUUUGAGUGCUCAUCCAGGAAGAGCCCACAUGCCGCAGAGCAACUGAGCCCGUGUGCCACGACUACUCAGCCUGCACUCUAGAGCUCGUGAGCCAUGACUGCUGAGCCCAUGUACCUAAAGCCCCGUGCUCUGCAACAAGAGAAGCCACCGCAAUUAGAAGCCUGCGCACCACGACAAAGAGUAGUCCCUGCUCGCCACAACUAGGGAAAGCUUGUGCGUAGCAAUGAAGACCCAACGCAGCCAAAAAAUAAAUUAAAAAAUAAACAA